CGCUCAUUCGCUCUCCCAACCAGCCCGGAUGUAGCGCACAGGAGCGCUCAGUCCUCCACUCCAGAGAUAAUAACAUGGCGCUGGCAGACACAUAACGGUGCUCAUCACACUAAUAAUAUGAACAAGAUCAGACCAAAUACAAGCCGUCGGGACAUGUGAGCUCUUCGACCCCCAACACAAGCAGGUUUGCCAGGGUUUACCAGCAUGUUUGGGAAGAAGAAGAAACGGCUGGAAAUCUCCGCUCCGUCUAACUUUGAGCACCGGGUCCACACAGGCUUCGAUCCACGGGAGCAGAAGUUCACCGGACUGCCACAGCAAUGGCAGAGCUUGCUGGCCGACACUGCCAACCGGCCCAAGCCCAUGGUGGACCCCUCCUACAUCACUCCCAUUCAGCUGGCGCCAAUGAAGAUAUCUCCCCAGAAAGUCCGGUCGUCAGAAACGCCGUUGCCCAAAACCAUUGUCCGAGGGAACAGACCACCCAAAGAUGCCUCCAUUAAUGGCCUACUAGAAGAGUUUGACAACAUUUCAGUAACUCGUUCCAACUCCUUGCGUAAAGAGAGCCCACCAGGCGUCCAGCAGGCUGGAACCAGUUCCAAACCAUUAGGCAGUGGUCAUCUUGCUGCUCGGGAGGAGAACGGAUUCAACCACUACUAUUCCCGCUACUCAUGCGACAUGGAUACCUCCAGCAGGGACUUUUCUCUGGAACAUGGAAAGCCAAGCUUCUCCAUAGAUGGAGAGUGGGCUGUUGGGAGGCAUUACCGGUUCACCAAGCAGAAUGGCCACUCUCACCCUAUACGCAGCUCCUUCUACCCCGACGCCAUGCCUCAAAAAUCUGACUAUGGAAAGCUCCCGCCAGACUACCACACCUAUUUGGAGAGCAAAGGGCGCUCGGCUGAUGAGGUGGCCUCCACUGUGGGUAGCGGAGUGGGCUCCAGCGGUUACUACAGAGCGUCAGUUGGAGGUUCGUCCAGCCAGGACUACCGGGACACUUCAGUUGGCACGCCUUCUCGUGCGUCUCUUCACAGCGAGCAGAUCAACUACCCGGACAGCGAGUGGAGCUACGGCGGCUUGCGGGACGAAUAUGACAAGAGACCCAAGAGUUCUUAUGUGACCCAGACGAGCCCGACACCAGCCAUCAGGCAGCGUUCUCGGUCAGGAUCUGGGUUGCAGGAGCAAAAUGUUCCCUAUGCAGCCAGUGGGGCUUUGAGGAACGCUCCUCAGGCCCACCCUUACAGUUCCUACACCUACCCUCGCCUCUCUGAGAGUCUUGCCAACUCACAAACAAUAGGCAAGGGUGAUUAUGAGCGUUCAUCUCGUGAUGAAAGUCCCCAAGUCGCAGGUGGUGACACCUACCUACGAGGACCUCUUAAGCUACCUCAGAGCCAGAUCAAACCACCUGGCUACCCACCAGCACACCUUCCUUACCCUCCUAUGUUUCACCACUACAAGCCCUCUCCUUACCACCAUCCUCCCUCCCAGCCCAGCCCACCGUACACCCCUCAGAGUCUUGUUUUCAUUCAGGGGGCCUAUUCACAGCCUUCAUCUCCUUACAUACCCCCUGGGGCUUAUCCUCCUCCUUCAUGGGGCUCAAGCUCUGACACCCAGCCCUCCAGAGUCUCCCACGAGCAGUUCAGAGCUGCACUUCAGCUGGUGGUCAACCCAGGCGACCCUCGGGAAUACCUGGACAACUUCAUUAAGAUCGGAGAGGGCUCCACUGGGAUCGUCUGCAUCGCCAGCGAGAAGCACAGUGGCAAGCAGGUGGCGGUCAAGAAGAUGGACCUCAGGAAACAGCAGAGGAGAGAGCUGCUCUUUAAUGAGGUGGUGAUCAUGAGGGACUAUCAUCAUGAAAAUGUUGUGGACAUGUACAACAGUUACCUGGUGGGAGAUGAACUAUGGGUGGUCAUGGAGUUCCUGGAAGGCGGGGCGCUCACCGACAUUGUGACUCACACCAGGAUGAACGAGGAGCAGAUUGCAACAGUGUGUCUGUCGGUGCUGCGCGCUUUGUCCUACCUGCACACACAGGGAGUCAUCCAUCGAGACAUAAAGAGCGACUCCAUUCUCCUGACCAGCGAUGGCAGAAUCAAGCUGUCAGAUUUUGGCUUUUGCGCCCAAGUUUCCAAAGAGGUGCCUAAGAGGAAAUCUCUAGUGGGAACUCCCUACUGGAUGGCUCCGGAGGUCAUAUCGAGAAUACCGUACGGGACUGAGGUGGACAUCUGGUCUUUAGGCAUUAUGGUGAUUGAAAUGGUUGAUGGAGAGCCCCCUUACUUUAAUGAGCCUCCUCUGCAAGCUAUGAGGAGGAUACGAGACAACCUUCCCCCACGGCUAAAGGAGUCUCACAAGGUAUCGACUGUGCUGCGCUCCUUCCUGGAUAUGAUGCUGGUGAGGGAGCCAUCACAAAGAGCCACUGCCCAGGAGCUUAUCCAGCACCCAUUUCUCAAGUUAUCUGGACCCCCAUCCUGCAUCGUCCCCCUCAUGAGACACUACCGCCAUCGUUGACCUCCUGGCCUAAUCUUGUGCUCUUCCACACUAAAAACACACGCUUACUCACCCCUUAAGGGUGGCACCGCCCUCACCCAGUGAAACCAACCUGCUGCGUGGUGGUGUGCCACUAACACCUGUAACCGUAACGUAGAUUAGAUGGAGGAAUAUUUAAGAAGUAUGUUUUAAAAACACAUGCACACAGUAAAAAAGAAGAAAAAAAUAGUCUACAGUUAAGAGGAGAAAAUGAGGGUACAGAGGAGCUAUCUGGACAUUCCGCUGAACCGUGAGCUGGUUUGCAGGCUGCACUCUUCUUUCUUCCUAGACUCAGAGUCUUCAACUGCACGAAGACUAGUAGUAGCCAUCAGCCUUCCACUGCUUCAGAAGAGUGUGCUGAGUUGCUGGUGAGGCGGAAGGACCUAUGUGACCCCAAAGCUUCAAAGCAGAGAAACAGAGGGCAAAACAAUCAGCGUGAGGAGAGAGGCUUUUGACCGUCAUUGGUCCAUCAUUUAGAGGGACAGUCUGUGUCCCAGCAGCUCGGACGCAGACAAGGUCACUCGCUUUUCUCUUUUCACACACAAGUCAAACGUGAAAAAUGUAUUUUAGAGAAAACUUGUAACAUUUUCUGUACAGUUUUGAUAAUUUGCAGUAUUUUAUUGUGUCGUAACUAUUGUGAUAUGAGCAGUAUUAAAUAGAAUUUCUGCAGAGAUCUUUCCUACUGUUUAUAAUCCAGUUUUUGCUUAAAGAUAUAAAAGAUAUUCCAAAAAUAAAUCUAGCUAAACUUAACUGUUACUAAAAGUCCUUAAUAUAUUUAUGAUCUCACAUUUGUAGACAGAACUUCCAUUAAAUGUUUGAAAAAAGGGUAAUGUCAGAAUUUUCUAUGACAUUUUGAAGUAUUUAUUUAUUUAUUUAUUCGGGUGACAUUUUUUAUUUGUAGUGUGGCCUUGUUUUGUCUUUAUUUUUUGGGCACUUUUUGUUCCACAUUUCUUGCGCGUUUGCAAACAGUAAUAUCAGUUGUUUUAUCAUCCAAGCAAUACCCCAGACCUAUUUGUAAAGACGCUAAACCCUGCUUUUAUGAUACUGUAAGACCAUAUAUUUAAAUGUAGCACAAACUGAGUGGAUUUGGCAAAAAAAGAAAAUGGGUAUUGCUCACCUUUUAUUCCUUUCAUUUUAGGAGUCCUAAUGGGUUUAUUUAAAUAGAGGCACCCCAGCACACAGAGAUCAGGGUGCUGAUUUAAAAGAAAAUCUUAUUUUCCACUCACAUCUUUCAUUACUCCAGCUCAGUCUCUUGCUGUCACUGAAACGCUCUGCCAUUCUCAUCUCCAGUCGGAGCAGGGGAACAGUGUAAUCCUCCUCGCUACAUCCUCUUUAACCAUCCAUCACUGUGAUAUGUACAUAUGACUGUGAGCGUGAGUCUGUGUUUGUCGAAGAGCAAAAGGUUUGAAGCGUGUUUAUCUUUGUAAAGCGUCUGAAAGCGUGUGCCUGCGUGUUGUCCGUGCGUGCUCCACCAGCUAAUCCUCGACACUGGGUCAACAUCUGAAUGAGUUACACUUAUUUGUGGUUUUGGCUUGUACAGUGAUACUGCAUGUUUGUUAUCAGUGAAGCUGGUUUCAAUUAAAAAAACAAAAACUCAUAAAAAAAACAAAAAACAUCAA